AUGGAGCGCAUUUGCUUCGGCACUCCUAGCCCUCGCACAAGCAGCAAAAUAACAUUUGCGCUUUUUGUAUUUGGCUGGGCGCUCUUAUGCGGCGGAUCUGUACUUUCUAUCUAUGGGUUCGCGUCAUGCCAGUCCGACAGCUGUAACACCUACAAGGUGAUAGGCCCAGUACUUGCUGGGAUAGGGCUGGCAUGUUCAGUGAUGGCAGAGCUUACUGCCAUACGAGAGAGGAGAAGGAGGGAAUUAGAAGGAGACCCGUCGGAUCCAGAUAGACGCUUCAUCUGCGGGAAAAGCCGGCGGUUUGCGCAGUUCCUAAUACCUGGGAUCCUGUUAUUGGCUUGCGGGGUACUACUCAGCAUCCCAGGACUUGUGCUACCAGACUGCAGGCCAGCAUCCAUCACAGAAAAAACAGCUAAAGUCUGUGUAGCUCGCAUGCUGAAGAUAGCCAUAUUCGCAGUAUUCGGCUUGUGUUCCUGCAUUGCUGCCUGCGUGAGCGCAAACUAUCCGGAGGAGGACCCAGAAGUCGCCAGAGAUCAGCCAGUUCGUGUAACAGCGGGUGACGAAGUCUUCAUGUUCCCGCCACCCCCACCUCCACACUCUGCAGGAGGACACGAUAGGCCAAUGAGCGAGGACUCUUCUUCCUCCCACAGCGGCUUUUUUCAAAGGGGCGACCAUGAAUCCAGCGGACGCGAUGGGGAAAACGAAUGCAACGUUCCACGGCUGUGCUGGCCGACCGUACAAUACAUCGACGAACGUCUCCCUUUGGAGCCACCUCCAAGAAACGAGGACAUAUUUCCUACUCCGUCGGAUCCAUUAGAGAGUUCAUCACCGUAUUACUCAGUUUCAGAAUCAUCGGAGUCGAGUGACUAUGAGCUCGCACCAGAACCUUAA